CACUUGCCAAUAAUUUUCAAUACGUUUCUUUGCUAACUUUUUUCUAUAUUUGAUACAACAAUCUACUUGUUUGUCCUAUACUAGCAACCAAAUAAACCGACAGCAUUUUCAAGAGAUCUCAAAAUUCACACGUAAUUAACAGACAUGAAUUCACAAUAUAUGAAGUCAGUUGAUUAAUUAUAUUAUAUGUACAUAAACAAAUCCUGCAACAUAGUAAAGAAGCAUGGAAUCAUUCCUAUCCGCAUCGAAAGCAGUCUUGUCGAAGCCGCUGGCUUACAAAAGAAUUUGCAUCGUUUUGGGUAAUGAAUCUUGCGAUUUAGACUCUGCCGUAUCGGCAUUGAUUCAAGCUUUUUCUGAAUAUUUAGACGGAAUUAAAAGGAAGGAAACUGAUUUAGCGGUUAUUCCGUUGAUGAAUAUAUCUGAAAGAGAGUAUCAUGUAAAAACUGAAGUCGUAUUCUUCUUGAAACGUCAUAACAUACCUUCCAACUUGCUGACAUUUCGGGAUCAAAUAGAUUUGAAAGCUUUAAAGGAGAAUGUGGAAACGAAAUUGGAACUGGUGCUCGUUGAUCAUCAUAACCUUGCGGACGAAGACACUUAUCUAAUGGAUUCUGUAGUAAAAAUAAUCGAUCACAGACCACAAGACAAACGGUGGCCGUGGCCUGGUAGAGAAAUACAUCUGGAGAGCGUAGGCAGUUGCGCGACGCUAGUGGCGCGAAAUUUAUUCGAUAAACAUGCAGAAAUAAUAGACUCGCAGAUAUCGAGUCUUCUGAGAGGUCCAAUCUUGGUCGAUACUUGUAAUUUUUCAAAAGAGGCCGAUCGUGCUACCCCCGUUGAUGUGGAAAUUGUGGAAUCUCUGGAAAAAGUUGGACUAUCAGAUCUAGAUAGAGAUAAAGUGUUUAACGAGAUCGUCAAAGCAAAAUCUGACAUUAGCGAAUUGACUAUCGAUGAUCUUUUGAUCAAAGAUUUAAAAGUAAUUGUUGGCAUACCGAUUGUUGGAUUGCCUAUGUUGGUGAAGGAUUUCCUCGAUUUACAAGGGGCUCAUCUAGAAAGUCUUGGAAAUUUUGCCAAAUGUAAAAACACUACGAUCGUCGUUCUAAUGGGAAUGCAACUUAAUGCGCAAGAAAUAUCUCGAGAUAUCGCUGUUUUUUCGUCUCAUGCCAAUCGGCUAAGAGAUAAGAUAAUAGAAGCUUUAAUGGCGUCUACGCAACCAUCUCUCGAAUUGAGUUUGAUUAGAAAAAUUCACCAAGAAGAUGGAGAUGUUAAUUUGUUCCUUUAUGAACAAAGAAAUCUACGUGCCACGCGAAAACAAAUUUUACCGAUCAUUCGAGAUACCGUUUCGUUGGAGUGUCGAUGCUGAGUAACUAUUCGUGAUUGGAUCUCUUGCUUGAAGUUGAAUUUGUAAAGACAAAAUGCGAAAGAUUAUAAGAAGUCACAUUUCAGAUGGCAGUGUCAGUUCUUUGAGUUCAGUCUUUCAAAUAAAUGAAAUAAGAACAAUAGGAAACAAAA